AUGCUGCCGCUUGUCCUGUAUGACGUCCUCUCCGAGCUACCAGGCAAUAACUGGUCAGCCAACCCCGCAAAGCCGAGGUUCGUUUUGAGCUACAAGGAUCUUCCAUUCGUGACCCUCUGGGUCGAAUACUCGGAUAUCCAUAUCGCUAUGAAGUCCAUCGGUGCAAAGCCAAUCAAACGCCGAGAUGGCUCAGACGUCUGCACCGUCCCCGUCCUCAGCGACCCCAACACCGGUGCCCUCGUCACCGACUCCCUCGAAAUUGUUUCUUACCUCGAAAAGACAUAUCCCGAGAAGCCAAUUUUCCCAAACAAUUCAGAAGCCCCGAUACGCGCAUUCGACUCUGCCCAUAUGAGCCUCAUUCUACCUGGCCUUGAGCCCAUGUUCCCACGCACCAUAGGGAUAUUAAGUCCUGCCAGCGCCAAGUUCUUCAUCGGAACUUGUUCGGGGAACGUCCCGCUGCCUUUGGAUGUGAACCGUGAUGCAGACUGGAAACUACUAGAGAAGGGGUACAAUACCCUGUACGAGUGGUACCAGAAGACUGACGGGAAGUGGAUCAUGGGCGACACCUUUUCAUAUGCAGACAUCAUUGUUGCUUGUUGGUUGCUUACAUACAAACGAGUGCUGAAGGAGGAUGAUGAGUGGGCCAGGAUCAGUUCUUGGAAUGGGGGAAAAUGGGCCCAAGUCCUUGCAGAUGUCGAGAAGGAGUGUAAAUUGGUUUAG